AUGGCUUCUGAGAAGAGAGCUUUUAAUAGGGUCUCUUCCUCACCAAAGAAGAAACAUGGCUCGUCCAAGAAGAAGCGAGGCUUAGAUAAAUUUGUGUCAAAAAGUAUUAAUCUCCCAGUCAACAAUCUUUUAGGGGAUAAGCUCUACUCUAAACUCCAUGAACCCAAUAUCCUUAAGACGAAACCCCAUAAUACAUUGUUAACUAGGCCAAAAAAUAUCACAUCGCCCAGUAGACCUGUCAUCCAGAAAAGUAUUGAUGAAAACAGUCAACUAGAUCAAAUUUACUGGUCGGGCGAUGCUGGGAAUAAGAAUGGGGAGUCCAGGUUACACAAACAUGAUUGCGACAAAAAAGAUGCCAACAAGCCUUCUAUCAAUGAUGAAAAUGAUGAAAUUGAGUUCCGGAGAGAUAUGCUACCAGACUUUAGGCUAGAUCCAAUAUCACAAUUGGAAAAGAAAUAUAAUACCAACCUCAAUAUGUCUAAUCAGCAGGAGAAUUCUAUCAAGAAUAUAUCAACCCAGAAAUUCUCUUCUCUACAUUCCUUCUCCCCAAUCCCAGAUUGGCUGCUGUCAUCUUUGAGGAAGUCUGGCAUUCGCGAAAAGUCUAAAUCUUUAAGUUUAAACUCAAGUAAAUUGUUUGCGAGGAUUGGAAGUGAUGGGAAGUUGAGAACAAAUAGCAGUCACGGUAAUGGUGAUCAGCCCAGAAAAAGCUCGCUACAAGAAAUACUAUCGGAACUCAAAAGUACUGAAAAAGACAAUAAUAUGUGUGGAAAUACAACAUCAGAGAUAUUAGACAAAGGUAUUAGUAUCAAUGAUUAUCAACGUGAUGACUUCUCCGACGACUUUUUCGAUGAGCUAGCAAACAGUAAAGCUAAUCGAUCUGUCGGUCUUGAAAAAAGAACGUCAAAGCCUGUGGUUGAUAAUAAUGAUGAAUUUAAUGAUGAAUUUUCCAGCGAUGACGAUUUCGAUUUCAACGAGUUAGAGAAAAAGUUAGACAUGAAAAGCCAGCCAAUCGUGGUUAGUGCGCCUCCCAAAAAACCAUUAACUAUGUCCUUUAAUGAUGUUGUUCAAAGUACUCCUAGCAAACUAGAGAAAACUAAUGUAAUUGAGAAUAUCCCGAAUAAUCAAAUAGCAAAUACUGACUCCAAUGACAUCACGAAUACAACAUCCUUUGAUGAUUCUGGAGAACUUGACUAUGAUGAUUCCGAAGAGGAAAGAUUAUUGAGUAGAUUCACUUUCACUCAAAAGGAUAGACAAUUUUCAACACAACAGGAAAAUAGAAUAAAGAACACAGAUUUAUUGGGUGCAGCCAUCUUUUCAAAAGAUAUCAAUAGUGACGGAACAGAGGAGACUAAAAAUUUUAAGGACAGUCUUAAAGAUGUAAACCUUGCCAAAAUUGCGAUUAAACGAAGCUGGCUUCAUCGCUUUGAGGUGCUUGAAGUGCAUGAAAAAUCAUACAAUCUUAAAGGAGUGAAAAAAAAUCAAAUAAUCUUGAAAGUAAAAGACAAGGACAGUAAAAUUAGGAAUUUGGUGGUCAGAGAGUCUUGGCUAUUGACUACCUAUGACGUUGGUGAAGUAAUUCAUGUUGUGGGGGAGAACCCGACAGUAAUUGAUAAUGACCAUAAUUAUCUCAUUUUGAAUCCAGAUACUUUGAUUUCUGCUACUACUAUGGGAGAAUCGCUCAAUUGCGAAAGAAAGAGCUCGUUACUCGCAAGAUUUAAUUUACCAGGUGAAUCUUCCAAGCCACUAAUUGUUGGAAAUAUUGUUCAUGGGAUUUUACAAGAAUGCAUGGUUUCUAAGUCAAAUAGCUCAAAGUUUAUUGAAACUCUCUUGAAAUCUGCUAUCCACAGAAACCUUAUUGAAAUAUUGGGUAUUGGCGAGACUGAACAGUCGAUCUAUGAAGAAUGUCAGGUGCAUAUCGGUUAUAUUAAAGACUGGGUAGGUAAAUACAUCUUUGAUUCUGAUAAAUCCUCAAUAUCAACAUUUGGUAAAGGAGAAACUAGCAAAUUUUCGAUCAGCAAAACUUUAGAUAUUGAGGAGAGUAUUUGGUCACCAAUUUUUGGAUUGAGAGGCCUAAUUGAUGCGACAAUUGAAUCUUCGCUACAAGAUAGCAAGAAAUCUGGUAAAUUUAUUGCCCCAUUAGAAAUUAAAACUGGUAAGGAAUAUCUUUCACAUAAGGCACAAACAUCUCUCUAUACUUUGUUGAUGAGAGAUAGAUAUGAGAUGGAUGUCAAUUUUUUCAUACUAGUUUAUACAAAAUUUUCUCAGACUACCAAAUACGAGAUUGAUAGAAGAGACUUAAGAAUGUUGUUGAUAAAGAGGAAUUCCAUUUCCAAGUUUUUAAAAGAAAUCCAGCCACAGCUUCCUCCGUUGGCGAAGAACUCCAUGUGUGAUAGAUGUUUUGUAAAGGAAACUUGCAUGCUAUUUAAUAAAUUAGGAGAAAAUGGCAGUGAAGAGGAUAGUGGUUUCCAGCCAGGUGAAUUCUUGACUCAUACUGAACACAUUGCGCCAGAGUAUGGUGACUAUUAUAAGUAUUGGGAAGAUUUAUUGAAUAAGGAAGAAAAUUUCAUAAAUAAAUUGACAAAGGAAAUUUGGAUUUUUACUGGCGAAGAGAGAGAAAAAUCAAAUGGGAAAGCUAUUUCUGGCCUAAAAAUUAAAGAUGUAACUUAUGAUGCUUCCACAGGUUAUUAUACGUAUGCAUUUGAAAGAAAGAGUCAAGGAACCUCCUAUGAAUAUCCUCUGAUGACUUGGUCUCAGGUUGCCACCCAUGAUCAUGUUAUUGUCAGUGAUGAAAAUGGCCAUUUUGCUAUUUGUUUUGGAUUUGUUAGUAUGAUCAGGGAAAAUUUGAUUAAGAUAACAACACAAAGAAGACUAGAUCACUCAAAUCUGAGGAUGCCUAAUUUUGAUGUUAUCAAAAAUCAAAGUUUUCAGAGUGUUUUGGAACUGGACCAAAACCUCACCGGCUUAUCAUUAGAUUCAAAUUCAGAAAGCCGAGUUUACAGGAUUGAUAAGAACCCGGCAUUCCAUGGAUUAAAAUUAGCGAGGUAUAACUUGCUUGAAUUAUUUUCUAAAGAUUCCAAUGGUUUAAUGAGAGAUAUCCUUGUAAAAAAAAGAAAGACUGAUCCAUCUCCAGUUCCAUUGAUUGACUAUAAGCUUGACCAAUCAAGAUUCAAUGAAGAUCAGCUCAGUGCUAUGAAAAAAGUAUUUUCCACUAAUGAUUUUUCACUUAUUCUUGGGAUGCCAGGUACCGGAAAAACUACUAUUAUUACUGAGAUUAUUCAGCAAUUAGUCAAGAAUGGCAAAACCGUCUUGAUUGCUUCAUAUACCCAUUCUGCAAUUGAUAAUAUUUUGAUCAAGCUUAAGGAACAAAAAAUGGUAGAUUUUGUUAGAUUGGGAUCUUUAAACAAAAUCCAUCCGCUAGUGAAAGAAUUUAGCCCAUUAUCUGAUAACUUCGAUAUCAAAGAUAGCCAAGGACUAUAUGACGCCUAUAGAAAACCAUCUGUUGUUGCUACUACAUGUCUAGGCGUUACUGAUUGGGUUUUUAAUACGAGAAAGUUUGAUUAUUGUAUCAUCGAUGAAGCAUCUCAGGUCGCCAUGCCAGUUUGUAUAGGGCCAAUUAGGUUCUGUGAUAGAUUCAUUUUAGUCGGUGACCAUUACCAGCUUCCGCCAUUAAUUACCGCACCACUGGCAAGAAAGGGCCUCCUGAAAAGUUUGUUUAGGAUGCUUUCGGAGGAUUUUCCUGAUAGUGUUGGCGAGCUAGCUCAUCAAUAUAGAAUGUGUGAAGAUAUCAUGUUGUUAUCUAACACUUUGAUUUAUAAUGGGAGAUUGAAAUGUGGCUCAAAUUUGGUUUCUAGGCAAAGAUUAAAGAUUCCAAGACCCGAACAGUUGCAACAACAUAUAACAAAAGAAAACAUCAGGCCAGAGCAUGAUUGGAUAAAGAAUAUUGUUUUUAAAGAGACCAACAGAGUUAUUUUCUUGAACCAUGAUACCAUUAGUGAUGCAAAAGAAAGAACUUUGGGUGAUAAAGUCGAUAAUCCAGUCGAGGGGGUCUUGAUUUAUGAGAUUGUUGAAUCAUUGUUGGCAUGUGGGGUCCAUGAAUCAUCGAUAGGUGUCAUGUCCUUGUACAGGGCUCAGAUUAGAUUAUUGACAAGAAAACUCUAUCAAAGAAAGGAUGUGGAAAUUCUAACUGCUGAUAGGUUCCAGGGUUUGGAUAAAGACUGUAUAAUUAUCUCUUUAGUCAGAUCAAACGAGAAACAAAUGGUGGGGGAAUUGCUAAAAGAAUGGAGAAGAAUCAAUGUGGCAAUUACUAGAGCUAAGAGUAAAUUAAUUAUCUUGGGCUCGAGAAAAACCUUGAAAAAUUUGGCGACUAUUGAGGCUUUUAUGAAUAUUAUUGAAAGUCGGGGAUGGUUGUAUGACUUACCAUCUAAUGCUGUGCAAUGUUAUGAGUUUUUCCUCCAGGAACCAAACUCUUGUUCGUUACAAAAAGGAGAUUCAAACUCUAGAUCACCACAAAAGUCAUUCAAGGAGAAGACUAAAUUGUCAAAAAAGUUGCUUGAUAACCAUUUGUUGCUUAAGAAUAUUGUUGAAGAACUGAAGUCAAGCUAA